GGCUGAAUGUGAGGGUGGGCCUCCUCUCGUGCCCUGCCCCCAGGUCUGAUGUCCAGGUCUGUUUGCGUCCUGGGUAUCAGGCCUGCCCUUGGUGUCCGGCCCAGAUCCGCUGUGUCACUUUUGCCAAGGCGGCCCUCUCUCUCUCUGGGCUACUUCUGGCUGCCAUGGAUAAAGAAGGCUUCUGGGCAGGACCUUUUGUCUCCUGAGGCUUUGGGCUCUGGCGAGGGGUAGAGGAUACCCUAGCUCUCCCUUCUAAUGCUGUGGAGUCUGUCAAUUGAAGUGUUUGUCACCGGAGCCCUGGCUACACCUGUCCAGACCUGACACACAGCAGCUGCUGCAGCUCCGUCCCAGGCGGGCGAAGGAAGCCCCUGGGCAGAGAUGAAGACCUCUUCGAAGGGCAGGAGGCUUAAACACAGUGUUUAGGAGCAAAGGAAGUGGGAUGACUUUGCAGCAGGAGGGGUUGAAGGCAGACCCACGGAGGAACUGGGAGCCAUGAGGUGCCACGUUGCCACCAGCUGCCACGUGGUCUGGCUUUUUGUGCUGAUCUCCGGAUGCUGGGGCCAGGUGAACCGGCUGCCCUUCUUCACCAACCACUUCUUUGACACAUACCUGCUGAUCAGCGAGGACACGCCCGUGGGUUCCUCUGUGACCCAGUUGCUGGCCCGAGACAUGGACAAUGACCCCCUGGUGUUCGGCGUGUCUGGGGAGGAGGCCUCCCGCUUCUUCGCUGUGGAGCCUGACACUGGCGUGGUGUGGCUCCGGCAGCCGCUGGACAGAGAGACCAAGUCCGAGUUCACGGUGGAGUUCUCCGUCAGCGACCACCAGGGGGUGAUCACGCGGAAAGUGAACAUCCAGGUUGGAGAUGUGAACGACAACGCGCCCACGUUCCACAACCAGCCCUACAGCGUCCGCAUCCCGGAGAACACUCCGGUGGGGACGCCCAUCUUCAUCGUGAAUGCCACGGACCCCGACUUGGGUGCGGGCGGCAGCGUCCUCUACUCCUUCCAGCCCCCCUCCCAGUUCUUCGCCAUCGACAGUGCCCGGGGCAUCGUCACGGUGAUCCGGGAGCUGGACUAUGAGACCACGCAGGCCUACCAGCUCACAGUCAACGCCACGGAUCAAGACAAGACCAGGCCUCUGUCCACCCUGGCCAACUUGGCCAUCAUCAUCACAGACGUCCAGGACAUGGACCCCAUCUUCAUCAACCUGCCUUAUAGCACCAACAUCUACGAGCAUUCUCCUCCGGGCACCACGGUGCGCAUUAUCACUGCCAUCGACCAGGAUAAAGGACGUCCCCGAGGGAUUGGCUACACCAUCGUUUCAGGGAACACCAACAGCAUCUUUGCCCUGGACUACAUCAGCGGGGCGUUGACCUUGAAUGGCCUGCUGGACCGGGAGAACCCCCUGUACAGCCACGGCUUCAUCUUGACCGUGAAGGGCACAGAGCUGAAUGAUGACCGUACCCCGUCUGAUGCCACGGUCACCACAACCUUCAACAUCCUGGUGAUUGACAUCAACGACAAUGCCCCAGAGUUCAACAGCUCUGAGUACAGCGUGGCCAUCACUGAGCUGGCGCAGGUCGGCUUCGCCCUUCCCCUCUUCAUCCAGGUGGUGGACAAGGAUGAGAAUUUGGGCCUGAACAGCAUGUUCGAGGUGUACCUGGUGGGGAACAACUCCCACCACUUCAUCAUCUCCCCCACCUCCGUCCAGGGGAAGGCGGACAUUCGCAUCCGGGUGGCCAUCCCACUGGACUAUGAGACCGUGGACCGCUAUGACUUUGACCUCUUUGCCAAUGAGAGUGUACCCGACCACGUGGGCUAUGCCAAGGUGAAGAUCACCCUCAUCAACGAGAAUGACAACCGGCCCAUCUUCAGCCAGCCCCUGUACAACGUCAGCCUGUACGAGAACGUCACCGUGGGGACUUCCGUGCUGACGGUCCUGGCAACAGACAAUGACGUGGGCACCUUCGGGGAAGUCAGCUACUUCUUCAGUGAUGACCCUGACAGGUUCUCCCUGGACAAGGACACGGGCCUCAUCGUGCUCAUCGCCAGGCUGGACUACGAGCUCAUCCAGCGCUUCACCCUGACGGUCAUCGCCCGGGACGGGGGCGGCGAGGAGACCACCGGCCGGGUCAGGGUCAACGUGUUGGACGUCAAUGACAAUGUGCCCACGUUCCAGAAGGACGCCUACGUGGGUGCCCUGCGAGAGAACGAGCCUUCUGUCACGCAGCUGGUGCGGCUCCGGGCCACGGACGAGGACUCCCCCCCCAACAACCAGAUCACCUACAGCAUCCUCAGCGCCUCCGCCUUUGCCAGCUACUUCGACAUCAGCGUGUACGAGGGCUAUGGAGUGAUCAGUGUGAGCCGCCCCCUGGAUUACGAACAGAUCCCCAAUGGACUGAUAUAUCUGACUGUCAUGGCCAAAGACGCUGGCAACCCCCCUCUUAACAGCACUGUCCCCGUCACCAUCGAGGUGUUUGAUGAGAAUGACAACCCUCCCACCUUCAGCAAGCCUGCCUACUUUGUCUCCGUGGUGGAGAACAUCAUGGCAGGAGCCACAGUGCUGUUCCUGAACGCCACGGACCUGGACCGCUCCCGGGAGUACGGCCAGGAGUCCAUCAUCUACUCCCUGGAGGGCUCCUCCCAGUUUCGGAUCAACGCCCGCUCCGGGGAGAUCACCACCACGUCCCUGCUGGACCGAGAGAUCAAGUCUGAGUACAUCCUCAUCGUCCGGGCAGUGGACGGGGGUGUGGGCCACAACCAGAAAACUGGCAUCGCCACCGUGAACAUCACCCUCCUGGACAUCAAUGACAACCACCCCACAUGGAAGGAUGCCCCCUACUACAUCAACCUGGUGGAGAUGACGCCUCCCGACUCGGAUGUGACCACGGUGGUGGCUGUGGACCCGGACCUGGGCGAGAACGGCACGCUGGUGUACAGCAUCCAGCCGCCCAACAAGUUCUACAGCCUCAACAGCACCACGGGCAAGAUCCGCACCACCCACGUCAUGCUGGACCGGGAGAACCCCGACCCCCACGAGGCCGAGCUGAUGCGCAAGAUCGUGGUCUCUGUCACUGACUGUGGCAGGCCCCCUCUGAGAGCCACCAGCAGUGCCACGGUGUUUGUGAACCUCUUGGACCUCAAUGACAAUGACCCCACCUUUCAGAACCUGCCUUUUGUGGCUGAGGUGCUCGAAGGUACCCCCGCAGGGGUCUCCGUCUACCAAGUGGUGGCCAUCGACCUGGACGAGGGCCUGAACGGGCUGGUGUCCUACCGCAUGCAGGUGGGCAUGCCCCGCAUGGACUUCCUCAUCAACAGCAGCAGCGGCGUGGUGCUCACCACCACCGAGCUGGACCGCGAGCGCAUCGCCGAGUACCAGCUGCGGGUAGUGGCCAGCGAUGCGGGCACGCCCACCAAGAGCGCCACCAGCACGCUCACCAUCCGCGUGCUGGACGUGAACGACGAGACGCCCACCUUCUUCCCGGCCGUGUACAACGUGUCCGUGUCUGAGGACGUGCCGCGCGACUUCCGGGUGGUGUGGCUGAACUGCACAGACAACGACGUGGGCCUCAACGCCGAGCUCAGCUACUUCAUCACAGGGGGAAACGUGGAUGGGAAGUUCAGCGUGGGCUACCGAGACGCCGUCGUGAGAACGGUGGUGAGCCUGGACCGGGAGACCACAGCCGCGUACACGCUCAUUCUGGAGGCCAUCGACAACGGCCCGGUGGGGAAGCGGCGCACGGGCACAGCCACCGUGUUCGUCACCGUCCUGGACGUCAAUGACAACCGGCCCAUCUUUCUGCAGAGCAGCUAUGAGGCCAGCGUCCCCGAGGACAUCCCUGAGGGCCACAGCAUCGUGCAGCUGAAGGCCACGGACGCAGACGAGGGCGAGUUUGGGCGCGUGUGGUACCGCAUCCUCCGCGGUAACCAUGGCAACAACUUCCGGAUCCACGUUGGCAGCGGGCUGCUGAUGCGAGGGCCCCGGCCCCUGGACCGGGAGCAGAACUCGUCCCACGUGCUGCUGGUGGAGGCCUACAACCACGACCUGGGCCCCAUGCGGAGCUCCGUCAGGGUGAUCGUGUACGUGGAGGACGUCAACGACGAGGCCCCUGUGUUCACGCAGCAGCAGUACAGCCGCCUGGGCCUUCGGGAGACCGCGGGCGUCGGCACCUCGGUCAUUGUCGUCCGAGCCACCGACCGAGACACGGGGGAUGGUGGCCUGGUGAACUACCGCAUCCUGUCGGGUGCAGAGGGGAAGUUCGAGAUCGACGAGAGCACGGGGCUCAUCAUCACUGUGGACUACCUGGACUACGAGACCAAGACCAGCUACCUGAUGAACGUGUCUGCCACCGACCAGGCACCCCCCUUCAACCAGGGCUUCUGCAGCGUCUACAUCACCCUGCUCAACGAGCUGGACGAGGCCGUGCAGUUCUCCAACGCCUCCUACGAGGCCGCCAUCCUGGAGAACCUGGCCCUGGGCACCGAGGUCGUGCGGGUCCAGGCCUACUCCAUCGACAACCUCAAUCAGAUCACCUACCGCUUCGACGCCUACACCAGCGCCCAGGCCAAAGCGCUCUUCAAGAUCGAUGCGGUCACGGGUGUGAUCACAGUCAAGGGCCUGGUGGACCGGGAGAAGGGCGACUUCUACACUUUGACAGUGGUGGCCGACGAUGGCGGCCCCAAGGUGGACUCCACCGUGAAGGUCUACAUCACCGUGCUGGACGAGAAUGACAACAGCCCCCGGUUUGACUUCACCUCCGACUCGGCGGUCAGCGUGCCUGAGGACUGCCCUGUGGGCCAGCGAGUGGCUACAGUCAAGGCCCGGGACCCCGACGCUGGCAGCAACGGGCAGGUGUUCUUCUCCCUGGCCUCUGGCAACAUCGCUGGGGCCUUUGAGAUCGUCACCACCAACGACUCCAUUGGGGAAGUGUUUGUGGCCAGGCCCCUGGACAGAGAAGAGCUGGACCACUAUAUCCUCAAGGUUGUGGCUUCCGACCGUGGCACCCCCCCACGGAAGAAGGACCACAUCCUCCAGGUGACCAUCCUGGACGUCAAUGACAACCCUCCGGUGAUCGAGAGCCCCUUUGGAUACAAUGUCAGCGUCAACGAGAACGUGGGCGGAGGCACUGCCGUGGUCCAGGUGAGGGCCACCGACCGUGACAUUGGGAUCAACAGCGUGCUGUCCUACUACAUCACCGCGGGCAACGAGGACAUGACCUUCCGCAUGGACCGCAUCAGCGGUGAGAUCGCCACGAGGCCCGCCCCGCCCGACAGGGAGCGCCAGAGCUUCUACCACCUGGUGGUGACCGUGGAGGACGAGGGCACCCCCACCCUGUCGGCCACCACGCACGUGUACGUGACCAUCGUGGACGAGAACGACAACGCACCUGUGUUCCAGCAGCCCCACUACGAGGUGCUGCUGGAUGAGGGCCCGGACACGGUCAACACCAGCCUCCUGGCCGUGCAGGCGCUGGACCCGGAUGAGGGGCCCAACGGCACGGUCGCCUACGCCAUCGUGGCAGGCAACAUCAUCAACACCUUCCGGAUCGACAGACACACGGGCGUCAUCACUGCCACCAAGGAGCUGGACUACGAGAUCAGCCAUGGCCGCUACACCCUGAUUGUCACUGCCACAGACCAGUGCCUCGUCCCAUCCCACCGCCUCACCUCUACCACCACGGUGCUUGUGAACGUGAAUGACAUCAACGACAACGUGCCUACCUUCCCCCGGGACUACGAGGGACCGUUUGAUGUCACUGAAGGCCAGCCGGGGCCCAGAGUGUGGACCUUCCUGGCCCAUGACCGGGACUCCGGCCCCAACGGGCAGGUGGAGUACAGCAUCGUGGACGGAGACCCCCUGGGGGAGUUUGUGAUCUCUCCCGUGGAGGGGGUGCUGCGGGUCCGGAAGGACGUGGAGCUGGACCGGGAGACCAUUGCCUUCUACAACCUGACCCUCUGUGCCCGCGACAGGGGCGUGCCCCCCCUCAGCUCCACGAUGCUGGUGGGCAUCCGGGUGCUGGACAUCAACGACAACGACCCCGUGCUGCUAAACCUGCCCAUGAACGUCACCGUUAGCGAGAACAGCCCCGUCUCCAGCUUCGUGGCCCACGUCCUGGCCAGUGACGCGGACAGUGGCUGCAACGCACUCCUCACCUUCAACAUCACCGCGGGCAACCGCGAGCGGGCCUUCGCCAUCAAUGCCACGACAGGGAUCGUCACUGUGAACCGGCCGCUGGACCGUGAGCGGAUCCCGGAGUACAAGCUGACCAUUUCCGUGAAGGACAACCCGGAGAACCCGCGCAUAGCCAGGAGGGACUUUGACCUGCUGCUGAUCUUUCUGGCGGACGAGAAUGACAACCACCCCCUGUUUACUGAAAGCACCUACCAGGCAGAGGUGAUGGAAAACUCUCCUGCUGGGACCCCCCUCACGGUGCUCAAUGGGCCCAUCCUGGCCCUGGAUGCAGACCAGGACAUCUACGCCGUGGUGACCUACCAGCUGCUGGGCGCCCAGAGUGGCCUCUUUGACAUCAACAACAGCACUGGAGUGGUGACUGUGAGGUCAGAUGUGAUCAUUGACCGGGAAGCCUUCUCGCCCCCGGUCCUGGACCUCCUGCUGCUGGCUGAGGACAUCGGGCUGCUCAAUGGCACAGCUCAGCUGCUGGUCACCAUCCUAGACGACAAUGACAACGUGCCCACCUUUAGCCCUGCCACCCUCACUGUCCAUCUGUUGGAGAACUGCCCACCAGGUAAGCAGGGGACAGGCCCCAGGCCCCACCAGGAGCUGGUUGGUGGUCAGUGGGGACUGGAGCCUCGGGUUGGCACAGAAUUCACCUCCAGCGGGGAGACAGGCAUCGACGGGGGUCGGGAGACCUGGCCCCCACUGCCCUCCUCGAUCGAGCCUCAGUGUCUUGUCCACAGCAUGAGAUUAAAUAUGCUCCUCCCAUGUUCCUGGAUGGAAAGACUAUUGUAAAAUCAAAAUAGGAUC